UUCCAUCUCCUUCAAAAACGAACACAACACGCCUGAGAGAGACCUUUUAUUUUUUAAGCUCGAACGAGGGCGGAAGUCGGAUGGAAGAUUGCCCUAGAUGAAAAAAUCAACGGCGGAGAUGAAGAGGAAGGAGAAUCAAACGCUCCUCCUAGGACGGUACGAGAUCGGCAAGCUUCUGGGCCAUGGAACCUUCGCCAAGGUCUACCACGCCCGGAACGUGAAGACGAACGAGAGCGUGGCCAUCAAGGUCUUGGAUAAGGAGAAGAUCAUGAAAGGGGGCCUGAUUGCCCACAUCAAACGCGAGAUCUCUAUCCUGCGACGGGUCCGCCACCCGAACAUCGUCCAGCUCUUCGAAGUCAUGGCCACCAAGGCCAAGAUCUACUUCGUGAUGGAGUACGUCAGAGGAGGCGAGCUUUUCAACAAGGUCGCGAAGGGACGGCUGAGAGAGGAGGUUGCCCGGAAGUAUUUCCAGCAGUUGAUCUCGGCUGUUGAGUUCUGCCACGCGAGGGGCGUCUUCCAUCGGGAUCUGAAGCCGGAGAAUCUGCUCCUGGAUGAGAAUGGCGAUCUCAAAGUCUCCGAUUUCGGAUUGAGCGCCGUCUCGGAUCAGAUCAGGCAAGACGGGCUUUUCCACACCUUCUGUGGAACGCCGGCCUAUGUCGCUCCGGAGGUCCUUGCGAGGAAGGGCUACGAAGCUGCGAAGGUUGAUAUAUGGUCCUGCGGCGUGAUUCUCUUCGUCUUGAUGGCGGGCUAUCUCCCUUUCCAUGAUCAGAACGUCAUGGUCAUGUACAAGAAGAUCUACAAAGGGGAAUUCCGAUGUCCGCGGUGGUUCUCGAGCGAUCUCAGUCGUCUCCUUUCCCGCCUCCUAGACACGAAUCCCGUGACUAGAAUCUCGAUCCCAGAGAUCAUGGAGAACAGGUGGUUCAAAAAAGGGUUCAAGCACAUCCGCUUCUACAUCGAGAAUGACCGGUUCUGCAACGUGGAUGACGUUGAUGAAGCUGCCGACGCGUCGGAGAAAUCGGAGGUGGAAUCAGAGUCGGAGCCUGAAUGUUCCGUUGAAAGACAGAGGCGUGCCGGGUUGGGGCUGCCGAGGCCGGCAAGCCUCAAUGCGUUCGACAUCAUAUCGUUCUCUCCGGGAUUCGACCUCUCAGGUCUGUUUGAGGAGGGAGGAGAGGAAUCAAGGUUUAUCUCAGGAGAGCCGGUUCCGAGGAUUAUAUCGAAAUUGGAGGAGAUUGCGAAGGUCGUGAGCUUUACAGUGAGAAAGAAGGAUUGUCGGGUGAGUUUGGAAGGUUCAAGGGAAGGGGAGAAAGGGCCAUUGACAAUUGCAGCAGAGAUAUUUGAGCUAACGCCCAAGUUGGUUGUGGUUGAAGUGAAGAAGAAGGCAGGGGAUAAAGGAGAAUACGAGGAUUUCUGUAAACGGGAGCUGAAGCCGGGAUUGCAGAAUCUUGUGUAUGAAGAAUCUUCCUCAGGAUUGCAGAAUCUUGUGUAUGAAGAAUCUUCAUCAGCCCAUCUUGCUUCUGAUACGGAAUGAGGGGAAAGUAGGUUCAGCUAGCCCCUGCCUGCAGAAGUGCCAGUGCAGCACGUCUGUACAAGGUCCAAGCUAUCCAUCAGCUGAGUGUCACCGGGCUAUGCAGCUGGGCGCAAGAAUCUGACCAGUUGACUCAUCAGGUGGGGACCAAGCACAAAACAGAGUGGAUUUAUUGGUCAAGUUCUUUAAGCUGUCCAUUUGCUGCAGACCUGCCUUGUUCUCGGCAGGGGCCUACUGAUGAGCAGUUUGGAAGUCUCACAUGCAUGGCAGUUUGACACAUGGAUUGGCAAUCGGGCCUUGUGAAUCGGAUGGAGUGAGAAUGCAGAACACAAUCGACCUCUAGUUUUAGCUCACCCCAUUGGUCAUUGCUGCCUGUCCAAAUUCCAGUAUGGAAGAUUGCAUUUCAUAUAUAUAUUUUUUAAAUGCUGCUGCCCUUUCGUGGUUUGGUUAAGAGGAUAAUUAAAAUUGAUAGCAUUGCCCUUCUGUGUAAUGGUGAAGCUUGAACCAAAGCUUAUCACAUCUUGAAAUGCCUUUCAAUCCUUGACCUAAUUUUCUUGUCUGUCUAGAACAAGCUAUGCUUCCCAAUACUAGUUUCUAUUGAUUGCAGCUCAAAAAACUGGUUGCUUCUAAAGCUAUUUAGUGAAAAUUUGUAUGUAGUUAGCUUGAA